AUGGUCCAGCUGCCGAGGUAUAAGAGCUUGAUCGUACCCAUCGUGAUAGUGAUAUGCCUUGCCUACUACAACUACGCCUCAGGCUACGUCGUCGCUUAUAAGGAAAUAUACCAGCAUCGCUCCAAAGCAGGCGCAAUCGUCAUAUGGGUCUUCGAGGGCCUACUACAGAUCGAGUUGCUAGUGACCUGGCUUGUCAUACUAAUACGUGGCCCAGGCCGCACCCCAAAAAUACCCCUUUUCGACAUUUACGACACCAAAGAUCCAGAGCUUCUGGCAGUGCCUGACAUCUUCAUAUGUGACGAGAAUGGAUACCCAUACUGGUGCUCAGUAUGCCACUCCAUCAAGCCUAAACGCUCAUUUCAUAUCAAGGGUCUUGACCGUUGUGUUCCACGUUUCGAUCAUAAGUGUAUCUGGAUCGGCACAAGCGUCGGAAGGGAUAACAUCGUACUCUUCAUUCAAUUCUUACUUCAGUUCGGGAGCCUAUUUGUUAUCGCCCUAGUGUCGGCUGCAGUCACGGCAUCAUCCGCCUUCGACAGAGAUAAUCAAAACAUUCCCCAUUACGUCGUCAUCUUUGUCUGCUCGGUUCUUUGGCUACCGAUGAUCCUCGGGCUCCUCCUUCAACAGACUGCAUUUGCAUUUACGAAUAAAACCACUAUAGAUGAUAUCCACAUGAAACAGGCAAGGAAAUUUAAUGAAUGGAAGAAAGGCGACGAAAGCUCGUUACCUGCAUGUCUACGGAACCACUACCAGAGAGAGGAAACGGGUAUACGUUAUGUCAAUUACAAAACCAAAAACUCCAGGGUCGUUGUGCCGUUUGCUGUCCUAGAUCAUCCCUACUCUGAGGGCUUCAAAAGGAACAUCACCAGAAUCGUCUAUGGUGAGAGUGAUGAAUCACUUUUUUGGUCCGCUCUUUUUCAUCUCAGCGUUCCAAUGGGCCCCUUGUUAAUGAAAAGGCAAGUUUCCGAUAUUGAAACGUAUGAGGCAGCAUCAGAGCCAUUCAGCAAAAAGUUUAUGAAUCUCAUUUAUGAGAAAAUUUCAAAAGGUGAUUGCACCACUCCACUGUAUAUUCAGAAGGAGGUUGAGCCUAUAGAAUCAACCCAAGCAUAG